CAAAAGACUCAUUAAAUAUAUCAUCUUCUCUUUAUUCCUACAAUAACACUAUCAUCGUUCACAAAAAUAAGCAAAUAUGAAACUUUCAUUAGUGUUCCCUCCCAUUUUAGGGUUACUUUUCCUCUCAUGCUUAGCUUCAGCAACAAAUUCACAUCAAAACACAUUUAUCCAUUGCCUAGUGAACCAUUCACAACCAUCACACCCAAUAACUUCAUCAAUCUUCACACCAAACAAUUCAUCAUUCUCUUCAGUGUUAAAUGACUACGUAAGAAACCUUCGUUUCAACACAUCAACAACAAGAAAACCCUACCUUAUAAUAACAGCAUUACAUGUUUCCCACAUACAAGCAUCAAUCAUUUGUGCUAAACAACACAACUUGCAAAUGAAAAUUAGAAGUGGUGGACAUGACUAUGAGGGUGUUUCCUAUGUAGCUGAAGUUCCAUUUUUUAUCUUAGAUAUGUUCAAUCUAAGAUCAAUUCAAGUUGAUGUAGAAAAUGAAACAGCUUGGGUUCAAACUGGGGCGCAACUCGGUGAACUUUACUAUAGAAUUAAUGAAAAAAGUAAAGUUCAUGGUUUUCCGGCCGGCGUUUGUCCUACCGUUGGUGUUGGAGGACAUUUAAGUGGUGGUGGAUAUGGUAACAUGAUGAGAAAAUAUGGUCUUUCAGUUGAUAAUAUUAUCGAUGCACAAAUAAUCGAUGUUAAUGGUAGAUUGCUUGAUAGAAAAUCAAUGGGAGAAGAUCUUUUUUGGGCUAUUAAAGGUGGUGGUGGAGCUAGCUUUGGUGUUGUUCUUUCUUACAAAAUCAAGUUAGUUAAAGUUCCUAAAAUAGUAACUGUUUUUCAAAUUAGAAAAACUUUGGACCAAAAUGCAAGUGACAUAGUUUAUAAUUGGCAACAUGUAGCACCAACUAUUGAUAAUGACCUAUUCAUUAGGCUUAUUAUUGAUGUUGUAAAUGUUACACAAAAUGCUACAAACAAUGGUGCAAAGACUAUUAGGGCUACUUUUAUAUCUUUAUUCCUUGGUGAUUCAAAAACUCUUGUUUCACUAAUGAAUGAAAAAUUUCCUCAAUUAGGUUUGAAGGAAAGUGAUUGCAUUGAAACAAGUUGGCUUCAAUCGGUUUUGUUUUGGACUAAUAUCGAUAUUACAACACCGGUCGAGAUUUUGCUUAAUAGAAAACCACAAUCAUUAGUGAAUUAUUUGAAAAGAAAAUCGGAUUAUGUAAAGGAACCGAUUUCGAGUAAGGGUUUGGAAGGGAUUUGGAAGAAAAUGAUUGAGUUGGAAGAUGCAAUAUUAUAUUUCAAUCCAUAUGGUGGAAAAAUGGCUGAGAUUUCAUCAACAGAUACACCUUUCCCUCAUAGAGCUGGAAAUUUAUGGAAGGUUCAAUAUCAAGCAAAUUGGAACAAAGCAGGUAAAGAUGUUGCUGAUCAUUACAUAGGUUUGACUAGAAAACUUCACAGAUAUAUGACUCCUUUUGUGUCCAAGAAUCCAAGAGAGGCUUUUUUUAAUUAUAAGGAUCUUGAUUUGGGAAUUAAUCAUAAUGGUAAGAAUAGUUAUGCUGAAGGAAGAGUUUAUGGAGUUGAGUAUUUUAAGGAUAAUUUUGAUAGAUUGGUGGAAAUUAAGACAAAAGUUGAUCCUGACAAUUUCUUUAGGAAUGAACAAAGCAUCCCUACUCUUCCUCAUAGAAAGAAUUAGAAAGAUGGUGACUUUGUUAAUUUCAAGUUAAUAUUGUUUGCAUGUUAUUUAGUAAUAAGUUUGAGUGUGGAAAAUAAAACCGAGUGUUGAAUACUAGUUAAUUAGUUGUUACUUGUAAUGUUAGUUUGUUUGGUUUGAUAAUGAAUAAAAUAAAAUUUACUUAUUGUUUGGGUCUAA